CACUCGUCGCUGUUUACUGGCUGCGCUCUCUCUUGCUGGCCCCGGCGUAUUCUCAGCUGUUCUGCUGAGUUCCAUCUGGGAGGCAUAAUGGCGUGCUUGCCAGCAAAAGGUAGCGCCUCGGCUGUUGCGCGUGGAAACACGGACACGGAGAAGAAGGCCAACCGCAAGUUUGCCGACUUUAAGCCUCCCAGCUUGGACGAUCUGGAGCCUGGAGAUUUGAUCGAGAUCUUCCGCUUUGGAUACCAGCACUGGGCCAUCUAUGUGGGAAAUGGUUAUGUUAUCCACCUGGCUCCACCAACUGAAUUUGCCGGGGCAGGCUGUGCCAGCCUCAUGUCUACCCUAACUGACAAGGCGCUGGUGAAGAAAGAGCUGUUGCGGGAGGUGGUGGGCAAGAACCGCUACCGGGUCAACAACAAGCAUGAUGCCAAGUAUCCCCCGCUGCCCGCUACGAAGAUUGUCCGGCGAGCCGAGGAGAAAGUGGGCCAGGAGCUCGCGUACAAAGUCACGAGCGAGAACUGCGAACACUUUGUCACCGAGAUGCGCUACGGUGUAGCCAAAAGCGACCAAGUCCGAGAUGCCCUGGUGGGGGUGAGCAUCGCGGGGCUGGGCUUGGCCGCCCUGGGAAUUGUCGGCGCUGCCGUGGUCCGGAGGAAGAAGCAACAGAACCAAUAGCAGAACCAAUAACAGAGACUCUGAGACUUCCGCGUUCUCUCGGCUUUCCUUUGGGUUUUUGAGUCUUGCGUCCUUUUCAGAAUUGACUUCUUAAAAACAAAACAAAACCAGAAACCGAUACGAUUUGGGGGCCACAGUCCCAAAGCCCCCGCCCUUUCCUAAUUCCUUGUUUUUAGGGAUGGUUGCUGUCCUCCCCUCCACCGGCACUCAAAUCAAGGCGAGGGGCCACCGUCUCCCUGGGGUGGCUGGUGAGAGCUCCCCUAAUAACUUUCUUUGGGACGUGGCUCACUCUGCCACUCUUGCAUGGAGAACAACUGGAAUGGAUUCUGUUCUGGGAGGAGACAAGGCGUUUCUAGCUGAAGGGGGUUGGGGUGGACAAAACUACCGGAAGUCCUCUUAGUAAAUCCAUGGCAAAGCCAAGAUUCAAAUUGAGGCCUUCCUGGGUCGGUCUCAGCAGCAGUAUUAGCUGACAUUAACUUCAGAAGAAUGCAAAACCGAGUGUGGCAGAAGCCAUCCCCCUAUCCUGCUUUUAAUUUAUUUCCCUUCCCUUUUAUUUUUUAAAAUUUAUUUCCCUUCCCUUUUAUUUUUUAAAAUUUAUUUCCCUUCCCAUUUAUUUUUUAUUGAAUGUCUAUUAUACCACUCCAGAGUGGCGCUCUUAGUAUUUAAGCAACAGUCUGGAAAGGCAUGGUUUCAAAACACGGUCCCUACGCAUUUCACAUUUUCCGGCAGCCCGGAUCUUAUGUCCAGACUGAAGAGCUAUAUAUGGAAAUGGAGGCCUCGUUUCAAUUGGAAGGAAUCUCCUAAAGUUGUUCCAAAUGAUGCUGAUUCAGGCUCACAGGAGCGCCGACUCAGCAACCCCAGGGAGAUUCAUCCAUGGCCAUGUUGAUUCUGUUCAUUCACAAACCAUUUGUUUCCCUGGGAACUUCUCCAGAGAUAACUUCACUUGACUCCCAAGUGGAGUUGGAAAAGCUAAUGUUCUGCUUUCAGCACAUGUCAGCCUCUGGUUACCUAGUUCAACAAAAUCAGAAGUGUGUUGAGAAAGCUAUUCCCCUAUUAGAUCAACCUUCCAUCAACCUGGCUCCCUCUUGAGGUGUUGUACUACAACACCCAUGGACCUUGCUGGCUGGGAGUUGAAGUGAAACACAUCCAGCGGCUUCUGGUCUGGGGGGAGCCUGUCCCAGAAGUGUGACUAUUCUCAAAGGACAAAAGGGCACCUGACCCUUUCAUGGUGGGGGUGGAGAAAGGAAUUUUGGAAGUGCUAAAAGGUGAGAAAGCAACAUGUUUGCAGAAAUUCCUGCCCCACCAUGUUAUUAAAGAGACAAGAACCCCGUUUCUGGGCAUCUGUAAACCAAUCCUGAAUUCUGUAGGGAGCUCAAUUCUUUGAGUGGUUUCUCCAGGUCUGGGGAGCUUAUAUGAUGAAGAAGGUCUGAGCGUGUCAUUUUGGAGUGGCCUUGGUGAGAGCUGGUAGAGGGGGAAUGCAGAGGUAGAGAGAGUUUUUUGUGUGUGAUGCAGAGAUGAAUGAGAAUUUUGUUUGGUUUGAUUUUGGAGAAGGACUUUUUGCAAAUUUGCAAAUUUCUUCAUAGACAGGGGAAGAAUGAACAUGUGUUGAAAUGUGGGAGAAAGUGCACGUUUGUGGUGUGGAAUUACGAUGGCCACCUCUUUUUUUACGGCAGGGUUCUUUUCUUUAACAACGACACGGUUGCAAAAUGUUUCUCUCCACGCCCGGAAUUGCUGUACCUAUUGAAUUUGGCUGGUGCAGCUCAAUGAGAAUUUUGUUUCUGCUUGUUUUUUUUAAUAAGAACUACCAACGUCCGCAAAUUUCUUCAUAUACCAACCGGGAACAACUUGGGAUUUUAAAAACUCAAAUUGAAAUUGACAGAGGAAGAACCAGGGCUGUUCCUGUGCGUUUAUGAGGGUUUGAUCAGUAGAAAUCACCCAGUGGGGAGGUAUAAACAUGAUUGCCUGUUGAUUGCUGUAGAUUAAACUGCUGUUAGACCAAAAGUAGGCAACUAGUGAUCUCCAGAUCCUGUUGGACUGCAAUUCCCAUAAUCCACAAACAUUUUCCAGCAAUGUCUGUAGGGCUGCGGAUUCCAAACCCUGUGUUAGAGUAAGGGUUGGCUCAAAGGUGUGCCAUUUUGAAGGAAGAAUCUUCCGAAGGGACCUCAUGACUAAGUUAUAUGCAAAUUAAUUUGCACUAAAAAUUAAAAUUCCACGCUUAGCAAAGCAGAAUUCUGCAACUUGUAUAAAUAAUGUGCAUUCGCAAAAUGUCUCCAACUUUCUACACUUUAACUGUUUUGCAAGAUUUAUUCUGGUUUUGCUAGUUGUGUGGGGAUGAGAAAGAAGCUAAUUCAGGGUACUAAAUGAUGACGUUGAUGAUGAUUUACACUUAUAUCCCACUUUCCCCCCCUCAAGUAACUCAAUACAUAAUCUUCCUCUCUAUUUGAUCCUCACAACAACAACCCUGUCAGGUAGGUUGGGCUGAGAGUCUGUGACUGGCCCAAAGUCACCCUGUGAGCUUCCGUGGCUGAGUGGGGACUAGAACCCGGAUCUCUCGACUCCCAGCCCAGCACUCUAGCCGCUACAACACACUGGCUUCCUGCUUCCUGACUUUGGAAACCUUAACGUCAAACUAGCUGCGGUGACGUUUGCCCAAUUCACAAUUGUGUGAACUGCUUUUUAAGAAGAAAAGUACUAGCACAGAACGCCUGAGCCACAGAGGGACCCUGGUAGGGGUCCUUUAACCAUUUGUCUGUGAUCCAGGUGGACGGGUGCACCUGCACCUGCAAAUUACUUUUUAAAAGGCAAUUACACAAUUACUACUACGGCCCUUACUCAGUCACUUCUCCAGCUUCUGAGACGUCAGUGAGUGGUGGCUGUGAACUGUAAGGAUGCCUCUUCAUCCAUAAGGGCUAGAAACUUGGCUAAAAACAAACAGACAGACCUGAAAGCGGCAGUUCCCUGAAUCUGCACUCUAAACCCACUCCCGACAAUGUCCUGGCACAAAGGAAGAACUUCUAGUUGUGAGGUUGAUGUGUAGUGGGUGAUGGUUGUCAGCUGGCUGGGCUUUUCUCCUCUGCCACUGACUCACUAUAUUGCCUCGGCUGAAUUUCUUUACCCAUUGCUGUACCGCUUUAUUCCUCCCUUGGUUCACGUUUGAGAAAUCUCUGAAGUUCUUUACGUCGCGGAGCCUUAAUAGGUAACAUUCCAAGUGCUUCUAGCAGUCAGUUUUAUUGUAUAUCGAUAAAAUAGACAUCACAGUCUAGGGUAACAGUAAAGAACAAGAUUUAAAAAGGAAACGCGCGCACGACAGCCUAACAGGACAUCAAGUCUUUCAAUUACAACACGAGUGAUAAAACUCCAUUCCUUUUACUGUAAAUAACAUUUUUACUAGCCUCUGUUUUAACAGCUGUUUUAUAAAUGAUAGAAGUAUUUCCCACAAAUAAAAACGUUGGGCUGA